AUGAGGGAAAAUGGCAUCGCCAUUGAAAUUCUGCAUCAUCGUAUUUCGACCUUCCCGGAAAGACCUUCCUCUAGUCGCACAGCCAAGGCUGGCGGCCGCGUGUCGGUCAAAAUUGGAGCACUUUUCCAUCGCGCCAAACCAGUUCGGAGAGAGAAAGGAUCGGCCAAACAUGAGCCAGCAGCCAUGAAAAUAAGUAGUGUUAACGUUGUCGGCUUUUGGCUGUGCGUUUUUGCCAGUGGAACGUGCUGGGCCCAGAAAGAGCAAGAGAAGGCACCUCGUUUUCUUGGGGGCCUGGCUUUGGCCAGUCUGCUCAACCGAAGGACUAACGGAAAUUUGGUCAACUCGGGACAAACCUUGCGAAACCGAAUCAGGAACAGCGGAUUGGGCAUCUUGGGUGGUCUGGCCGCCCUCAUCGGCGGGGCCAAUUUAGGAACUCGAGUAAUCGGACGGAGAGAUGUGCAGUCGGCCACGACGGACUCAGCAAUACUGGGCCAAAAUUUAGACGCUGGGAAUCUAUUCGGGACGAGAAAAAAGAAAAAUGGCAAGAGGAAAAACAGGACCAAGCCCAAGGAUGUGGAGUUUGUGCAGGCCAAAGAAAAGAACGUUUACGACGAAUACGCAGAUGAACAGUGGGCCCACGACUUGAACAGGGAGGAAGGAGUUUUAAAGCCUGACAACAAAAUGCGGCCACAAAAUGAACAGCUUAAUGACAAUCGCUAUUUUAGUUAAACUUAUAGUCAGCGUGUUUAUUUAUAAUUGGUUUGGGUAAAUAAUAAAUUUUUUACAGUAAAAAAGGUUUAGUGAAAAUUAAAAGUUGACCAAGAUCCAAAAGCCUAUCAACGCUAUUGCUGAUUAUCUUUGAAU